UGUGUGAACAUCUGUGGAAAUGAAACAUUUGGCAUAAAGAUCUUAAGACCAGCAGGCUGACGAUGGCUCGUUUCACACAUACCACUCAAGACUUCUGUACAGUGUAAAAUAGAAGAUCAAAAGCAGACUUCUCAUAAUGAGCAACUCACCUCCCAUUUGAAGGAUCAAAUCUUUUCUGAAAAAGUGUGGUAAGGCCAACACUCAGUCAUACACGGCAGAGCCGGGCACAUGGAGGACAGCUGACUCCACAGAACCAGGGACUUGGGUCUUUAAUGAGCUUUGCCUGCAUGGAUGUAGACAGCCUGCCUAUACAACAGUGAGUUGAGAUCAGCCUCAGUCCUCCCAGCAAGUGAGAGUGAAGGCUGGUGAUGUCCACAUGAAAAGUAACUCUUUUCUAGGUUUUGCAAUGGAACAGAUAUGGUUGCUCUUGCUUAUAAUUAGAGUGCUUCCAGGGUCUGCUCAGUUCAAUGGCUACAAUUGUGACACCAACCUCCACAGUAGAUUUCCUGCUGAAAGAGACAUCAAUGUCUACUGUGGGGUCCAGGCCAUUACAAUGAAGAUUAAUUUUUGCACAGUACUUUUCUCCGGUUAUUCUGAAACAGACCUGGCACUGAACGGAAGGCAUGGGGAUUCCCACUGCAGGGGGUUCAUCAAUAACAACACCUUUCCUGCGGUGGUCAUUUUCAUCAUCAAUCUCAGCACCUUGGAGGGCUGUGGAAACAAUUUAGUGGUAUCCACAAUUCCUGGAGUCAGUGCUUAUGGAAAUGCAACUUCAGUACAAAUAGGAAAUAUUUCAGGAUAUAUUGAUACUCCAGACCCACCAACAAUCAUCAGCUAUCUACCUGGACUUCUUUACAAAUUUAGUUGUAGUUAUCCAUUGGAAUACCUGGUUAAUAAUACCCAGCUUGCUUCGUCCUCAGCUGCUAUUUCUGUGAGGGAGAACAAUGGUACAUUUGUCAGCACUUUGAACCUGAUUCUUUAUAACGAUUCAACCUACAGUCAGCAGUUAAUUAUCCCGAGUAUAGGAUUACCUUUGAAAACCAAAGUAUUUGCAGCUGUACAAGCCACUAAUCUGGACAGCAGAUGGAAUGUCUUAAUGGAUUAUUGCUACACGACCCCAUCAGGGAACCCAAAUGAUGAUAUUCGAUAUGAUCUCUUCCUUAGCUGUGACAAAGAUCCUCAAACAACCGUCAUUGAAAACGGCAGGAGCCAGCAGGGCCGCUUUUCCUUUGAAGUGUUCCGAUUUGUGAAACACAAGAAUCAGAAAAUGUCCACUGUCUUCCUGCACUGUGUUACCAAGCUCUGCAGAGCUGAUGACUGCCCCUUCCUUAUGCCAAUUUGCGACCACAGAGAAAGGCGAGAUGCGGGGAGGAGGACCACCUGGAGCCCCCAGAGCACUUCUGGAAAUGCUGUCCUUUCUGCAGGGCCCAUCAUUACUCGGAGUGAUGAGACUCCAACCAACAAUUCACAGCUUGGCUCUCCAAACGAACCUCAUUUCCAGCUGAACGCCAUCACCAGUGCACUCAUAUCAGGAACGGUCAUUCUGGGAGUCGUGAGCUUUUCCCUCCUCCUGUGCUCACUGGCCCUUCUACACAGGAAGGCACCCACCAGUCUGGUAUUGAAUGGCAUACGAAACCCAGUCUUUGACUGACUGUCACAGGCUCCUGCUCUCGGGAGAAGGCUUCACUGACUCUGCAGUGUGUGACUGCAGUCAGUGUUCUAUCUGAAUUGAAUGCCAGCCAGCAUUUGAUAUUUGUAGGUUUGAUAGAUUUCAGUGUAGCUUGUUAGCAUGACAAUAGUGAGAGAAUUUUGAUAAUAUUGCUCUUGUCACUUACAUUUGUGGUCAGCCCUGUUUGUAUGGCACCCAUGGGUAUACUGAGAAUAAGCAAACAACAUUCAGGACUUAGAUCCUAUAGGAUCUGUCAUUAUUUCAUUUCCUUUCAAUUUUCUUUUGGUUAUUGGUUUUAUAGAUAAAAGGUGACCAUAGGAAAAAAAAU